AUGUCAACAAUUACAUUCGUUACCGGUAACGCCAACAAACUCAAAGAAGUAAUCGCCAUCCUCUCCGGCACCCCAGCUUCCUCCACUGCCGGAGCCCCAUCCCCAUCGCAAGUAGGAAAAUUCACAAUCACAAACCAUGCCUUAGACCUCGACGAAAUCCAAGGCACAAUAGAAGAUGUCACCAUCCACAAAGCCCGUGCGGCUGCCGAAAUCAUACAAGGUCCAGUCUUAGUCGAAGACACUUGUUUAGGGUUCACUGCCUUCAAUAACCUUCCUGGUCCAUAUAUCAAAUGGUUCCUCGCUAGUUUGGGCUUAGAUGGAUUAGUGAAUAUGUUGACUGGGUUUGAAGAUAAAUCGGCCAAGGCAAUUUGUACUUUUGGAUAUUGUGCUGGACCAGGUGAAGAAGUGAAGUUGUUUCAGGGUAUCACUGAGGGGAAUAUUGUUAGAAGUAGGGGUCCAACUAAUUUCGGAUGGGAUUCUCUAUUUGAACCAAAGGGGUUUAAGGAGACUUAUGCUGAAAUGGAUAAGAGUGUUAAGAAUACUAUUAGUCAUAGAUAUAGAGCUUUAGAUAAGGUAAGAGAUUUCUUAUUAUCUCAAUAG